AUGAGUUUGGAUGAGUGUUGUGCUCUCAAAGCACUUAAAGAGGAGAAAGCUGCCACCAUCGAAGAUUGGCAGGAAGGCUGCAAUUAUAGCUUCGGCAAUGUCUGGAAUGGGACUGAAUCAAUUGCCAUCAGUCAUGCUGGUGGUGAGUUCACUGACCUUGCAAGAGAGGUGUUAGGAGACUUCUGGAAAAUAAACCAGGCAUUUACAGAGCAGAUGCCUGUACCGAUGAACACUUACCUUGCCUGGAGCCUGGCAAAAUCUAAAGGCGUCUUCAAGAGCUUUUUUGAGGGAUUGAAGAAUGAUGAGCAGGAGAGCAACUCGAACUAUGAUGAAGGUGAAUGGUCAAUCAGUGUCAUUGAUGUGUUCUACACUGAGAAAGUUAAGCUUUGA